AUGUACAUCCGUCCUGGCACCAACGACGGAAGAGAUGAUGAAGCACCAAUGAUCCAUGUCAGUGAACGAGUCGUCCACGAGAAUUUCAGUAGGGCGAGCCUAGGAAACGAUAUUGCGCUGUUGAAGCUGGAGCAGCCUCUGUCAUUUGGCCCUAAAAUACAGCCAGCGCUUUUGCCAGAACCAUUUGAACAGACUGUAGCUGGAACAGAAGCCACCGUUGUUGGGUGGGGAAUGACAGAGGCGUAUCCUCCCACAAACGCCCUGCAGAAAGCUGACAUCGUGGUGUGGUCAGACGAGGACUGCCAGCAGGCGUACUCGGACUACGACUACCAGCCGCUGCCGUCCAACAUCUGCGCCGGACUGCCACAGGGCGGCAGAGGCCAGUGUAACCUUCUGCCGCUGGCGGCGCUGUGGUACGCCACCUGCGCAGCAGCAACAGACACGAGUGGCGCACGGGUCCGGCGCGACGGAGCGGGUUACAACUAUCCACGGCCAGCACAGCCCUUCCCUCCGCCGCCGCAGCCUUCGUGUCCCGGAGGAGUUCCGGCAGAUGGCUCUCCCCGAGGACCUAAUGGUUGUCCAGCUCCACCACCACCUCCACCUCCUCCUCCUCCUCCUCCUCCUCCUCGUCCAGGCCCAACAUACCUGCCACCACCACCCACCACCACCACCACCACCACCACCACCACACCCCCACCAUCACCACGGCCAACUUAUCUCCCACCACCACCUCCUCCUUGUCCUGAUGGAUCACCACGUGGGCCAUCUGGAUGUCCAGCUCCAGCACCACCGCCACCACCUCCACCACCACCUCCACCUCCACCUCGCUCCACCACCACCGCCACCACCACCACCGCC